AUGUAUAAAAUGAAUCUCCCUUUCGUGAUCUUCACAGCCUUGUAUGCCAGUAGCGCUCUCGCUGCGGCUCUUCCCACCGACCAUGUUGAUACCGACAAGGCGAUCCUGCUUCUCGCUGAUGGGACUACCAAAACCAUCGAGAAAACGGACCUCGCCUCUCACCUCAAUGGCACCUUGCUCGAGACUCCCACCGACAACUUCCCGCGGUCCCUCAAGUCUGCCAACUUCAACGGCCUGCAGAAGCGGGGAGAUCCCCAGAUAAUUAUCCCGCUUCCCGAUCAGGAAUUUCUCGGCUGGGACAUUCCCAUGUCCACCAUCGUCCACGCCAACCAAGCUGACGCAACCGUCGCCAUGGCAUCAGGCCAAUCGAUCGCCAACAGCAUCUCGGUCGGAACUUCCUUCACUGCGACUGUCGAGAAAUUCCUCCAAGUCGGCGUGACCACGAACUACCAGUACACCAAAACCAGCACCCUCACUGGCACCGUGACCAUGACCAUCCCCAAGAACAAAUGGGGAGCGAUAGUGAGCAAUCCUUUGACGCACCGCAAAAGAGGCUAUGUCUUCACUGGCUCGCCUGGCAGCGGACAGUUUGAGUACUACCAGGCAGAUUCGUUUACCGACGAGACUUAUACCUAUAAUGACGCAACGCUGAACUGGGUGAAGGGUGUGGUUACGACUUGUCUGAGCGAUACUUAUCCAGUCAAGCGCUGCGUUGGAGAGGGUGAACUCAAAUAA